CAGAGGCACCUUUUCUUUAUUAUAAUUGCCAUGUCUCCACCCGCUGCUUUCAAAUAAAAAACUCUUUAACUUCAGUCUAACUAAUACCAAAUUAGACAUGGCUUCUUGCUAGCAGAUGGCGCAGUAAAUAAAGAUUUAGCGGGCCCAAAUCUGGACGUUAGGUUAAGUCCCAGCAGCCAAACUCGCUGUGCGACUCUCUCUUGCAGGUAACAGAUAGGGUGACAGCAACGUUAAGUCAACGUGAGCUGUGUCAGAGAGCAGAAACGCAGCAGAGAAAAGGACAGACUAGCUUCCUGCUAACCUGCCGCAGGGUAUUUCUUAAUGCUAGCUGAUAAAAGAGCGAGCUGCAAUGCUGUCCAUCACUAGCACCAUCACCAAGAGCACCCGUGUUAUCCAGCGCGUCCGGCUGUUACACACUUCUCCUGUUGUCAGAAUGCCGAUUCAGGUUGGUGAACAGCUCCCUGCAGUGGAGGUCCAGGAGGGGGAGCCAGGAAAUAAGGUGGCCAUGGAUCAGCUCUUCAAGGGGAAGAAGGGAGUCCUCUUUGCUGUACCUGGAGCUUUCACCCCUGGUUGUUCCAAGACUCAUCUCCCAGGUUUUGUGGAGCAGGCUGGGGACUUGAAGAGUAAAGGAAUACAGGAGGUGGCUUGCAUUUCAGUCAAUGAUGCGUUUGUCAUGGCGGCCUGGGGAAAGGAGCAUGGAACAGAUGGCAAGGUUCGAAUGCUGGCUGACCCUACUGGAGCUUUUACAAAGGCAGUUGACCUGCUUCUUGACAAUGAUCAGAUUGUGCAGGUACUUGGAAACAAGCGAUCCAAGAGAUAUUCUAUGUUGGUGGAAGAUGGAGUUGUGAAGAAGAUCAAUGUGGAGCCUGAUGGCACUGGGCUUACCUGCAGCUUGGCUUCCAGUGUUCUUUCUGAGCUGUAGGCUUAGGUAUUUAACCAAUAUGCAAGCACUGAGUUGCUGUUAAAAUUGCACUUACAAAUCCCAGUAGUACCCUGAUCAAGCUUAUUCCUAUUCCCAAAGACGGAUGCAAAGGUCACCAGGAUGAUAAUGCCGAAAACAGAACAGGAAGGAUAUUAAUGCGCACAACUAUGACAUGAAUGGCAACCCAAAGGAACAACUCUUCUCCUCUGUAUACUGAUACUUUUGAGUAAAUAAAGUUCACCCUUAAUGCAAUAAACACUGUUUUCCUGUAUU